CAACGUAGCGUUAGCGUCGUGCAACACCUUUCAUUGUAUUGACUAUUGACUGAUUCUGAACACUGAGAAUAAUGUAUAAAGUUAAUUUAUCAUAUUAUUGCCUUAGUUCUUGUUGAAAUCUAUCUUACUAUGUUUUAGUUUAAGUGUAAUCAUGCCUCCGUUUACGAGAAUGUGAAAGAAGACAGCCAGUCGGGUGCUACGCGGCCAUUUUACUUGCAAUGCGGCAACGGUGUACGAUCCGCCAUUGGAAACGGCCUGUGUCUUUUUCUGUGUGCAAGAUUUUUAUUUUGUCGAAUAUCGUGGCAUAGAAACAACGGAUAACCAUGUGUGAUAAAAGUGUUGUGCGGACUUUUGUGUAGUGAAGCACGGUGGUCGGGUGAUUCGAAUAAUGUGCGAACGAUGGAAAACGAAGUGAAGCAGCGCAAUCAGAGAAAUAGGCGAAGGGAGCGGGCACAGCGCAUGCAAGCACAGCGAGAGAGCAAAGUUAAGGAUGGGGACAGUGGCGAGGACGAGUCUCCGGCGAGAGAGAAGCCGCCUCGUCCUCCGGCCAGGCGGAAGAAGUCGCGGGAGCCGCUGGGAGAAGAGGAUAUCAUUGAUGGUUUCGCCAUAAUGGCAUUUCGCACCUACGAAGAUCUAGAGGCUGCAGUAAAAUGUGCUUCUUCACCUCGUACCAACGCGCUGUCAACAAAGCCUCGGCUGCCAUUGGCAGCUUUGGCGGCAGACGCGGCACGCAUACACCCGCCAAACAACGUCAACUCUCAUGGCAUUACGCUGCUUCAAGACGCUGGCACGUCGGAUGAUAGUGGACGGGCAUCAGAAAGGCUCACGGGGAGUUCGGUCGCACCUCGCGAUCCUGACUCUUCCCGUGAUCGCCUUAGCGACGCCAGUAGCCGCUGUAGUUCCGGAAAAGGCUAUAUCUGUGAUAGUGAAGGCGACGACGAUAAGGCGAGUCCAGAGAGCAGUAGAAAUGCCUCACCAAGAUAUCAUGACGUGUCCAUGGAUGAUGCGUCAGACGCAGGUUCUUUGUUCCGGGUGGCGGGCGCGGGCGGUGGUGGCGGCGGCAAAAACGAACUGGUGGCGCGGGGCGGCAGCGGCGGCGCGCUAGCCCUGUCGCGCGCGCCGGUCGGCGGCAGCGCCAGCCCCGCGCCCGCGCCGCUCCCCCAGCCCGCGCCCUCGCCGGCGCCCGCCGCCUUGCCGCCGCCCGCGCUUCCACCGCCGCCGUUCCGGGCCGACACGCCGCUGAGGCCCAACGGUGCUCACAUACCCGCGAUCGAUGGCCAGGCCGCCACGCAAAUACCGGCGCGGCCGGUCGGCGCCGCCGGGCCCGACACGCCCGAACGUCCCGCGAGCAACAACAAGCUGCAGCCCGGCGCCCGCGCCGCUGCCGACAGCCCGACGCCGGCGCCGCCCGCGCCGCCGGCUCCGUCGCCGCUCUUCCCCUCGCAUUCAGCGUAUCAGUCGCACGCCGCAGCGGCGAUGCCCGACUACCGGCUCACGAACCACGAGACGCGGACCGGGCCGCCGGAGCAGCCGCCGGCGCCGCUGGACCUGAUCGCUCACCACGCGACGCGGCCGCCGCCCGGCGCGCCCGCCUCCGCGCAGGCGGCGCAUCCUAGUCUUCAGAGUCGAGUGCCCCACUCGCAGCCUCACCCCUUGAUGCCCGGCCACGACGUCCGAAACGCGGCGACGGCGGCCCCGGCUCACACCUCCGUUCCUACCUCCUAUUCCAACCGCGUCAAUGGAGUGCCUCAAAGUGUCCCUCCGCAUUCGCUCUCCACGCCGCCCUCCAACACCAGCUGUCUUCCUAUUCAAUCCAUGCCCGGACGGGCCAUUUCUCCGGCCGCGCCCACCUCCCGCCCCUAUCCAACUCCGUCGAUCGGGUCUAGUCAUAUAAACACAAGUAUGAGUUCCAAUAUUCACGGUCAUCCGAUGCCUUAUCAGAGCCAGCCGAGCUUACAGAAACAUUCCGUUCAGUCGGCGUACACGAAUAGGCCUCCGCAUCUCGCACCGUUCAGUGUUGCGAGCCACCUAACGUCCAGUCAUAUUCAAUCUUCGACGUCGAGCCAAACGACUGUUGCGCAAAUAAGCCACCCUCUUAGUAGCCAUUCCAUUUUGAACCAUACGAGCCAUCUCUCUAUGAGUAACUCCAGUCCGCUGAUGGCAACGUCUACACCAAACCAUAUCGGUCCGCCUCUUUCUUUGUCUUCUACCACUAGUACAAUUUCAAGUUACACCACGAGCCUUAAACACCCAGGUCUAAGUAUGCCGCCUCAUGCGGCUCCCCUGGCACCCCCUGCGUCCAUACACACACCAAUUAAUCACGUGGAAACAACACCCGCUGUCAGUAUCGCUCCUGCGAUAAUUCCUCCCGUGUGUAGUAGUAGUAAUAGUACCCAUACGUUAGCUCCCCCCGUAGUAGAUUCUAGGCAACCUGUCGUGUCUUCGAGUGAACUGCCGUCUCGGACUGAAAGUCCUGCGGUCAGUUCAACUCUCGCUUCUAAUGGAUUCCCGCCUCCCGUUGUCUAUUCUGGAACUACUUACCCGCCUCUCUACGCGCCUUAUGCCACCACACUUCAACACAGUCCCUACCUCCCACCCGCAGCGGCUUCCCCAAGGAACACAGAUACGCGAACAAGUUUAUCAGCAUCGCCUCUUGUGGCGCCGAAGACGCCGAAAGGCGUGCGACCGCACACUCCGGGCUCUACCGGCGGCGCUGGCUCCGCCCCUGCGCACGCGCCGCUCUCCUACUCGCCCCGCGGACACAGCCCUAAUAGGGAACGAGAAAGUUUCAGCAACAUCAGCAGUCUGUCGCGCAGCACGCCCGCGCCGGCGCCGCCCGCGUCGCACGCGCCCGCGCUCGUCGCGCCGCUGUCCGCGCCGCUCGCCGCGCCGCUCGCGGCACCUUUGUCAUCGGGGCUGAGCGCGCCUCUCAGCAGUUCCCUAGUCCCACCGCUGGGCGCUCCGCUGGCGGCGCCCACGCCCACGCCGGCUGCGCCCACGCCCUCUCACCUGACGCAUUCCCUCGCGCCGGUGCCCACGGUGCCAAGCAUCAGCUCCAGUGCCAAACCGCCCGCCCACUGGGGGGUAACCAGGCCCGCAGGCCCGGAGCGAUCGAGCGGGUUCGCGCCUGCGCCGCCGUUGUUCGGCGCGCCGCUCGCGCCGCCUAACCCCAACCCCUUCUCGGCGGAGUCGCUCUUCCAAUCUAGCCCGGGCGCAGACCUGCUGCGGCGCGAGCUCGACAACCGUUUCCUGGCGGCGGCGGGCGCGGCGGGCGGCGUGCGCACCGAGCUGCACCACCACCAGCACCAGCACACGCACGUGCACCAGCACCCGCCGCACGCGCCCCACCAGCCCCACGCGCCCCACCCGCCCCACGCGCCCCACCCGCCCCACGCGCCGCCGCCGCCCCACCCGCAUCACCAGCUGUUAGUGCCGCAUGCGCCACUCUUCAAAGACAUGGGCAAGAUGCCGUCGCUAUACCGCACGGGGCUAGGGCUCGGCUACCCGUACUCGUCCAGCCUGCUGCAUCCCGCGGCGCCCUACGUGCCGCCCGCGCCGCUGUCCAGCUACGCGCCUAAGAAAACCGGAAAAUGGAACGCCAUGCACGUCAGGAUCGCGUGGGAGAUCUACAACCACCAGCAGAAGGAGAAGUCGGGGACGAGCACCGCGCCCGGCGCCGCCGCCGACAAGGAGAAGCUGCGCGCCUUCCCCGCGCCCGCGCCGCCCCCGCCCGCCUACCGCUCGCCCUACGACCUGCCGCCCGCGCCCUACCUGCACCACCCGCACCUCGGCGUGCGCUACGACGAGCGCGCCGGGCUCGUGGGCGCGCCGCUCGCGCCGCCCGCGCCCGACCGCCUGCGCGUCUCCGGCGUGUCGCCCUUCGGCCGCUACGCGCCCGCCUUCCCCGCCGCGCCCGCCGCCUUCCCGCUGCCCUACGGCCGCGACCUGGCGCUGUCCUCCUCGCUGCACGCCGUGCACCACCCGCCGCUGCCGCUGCACGACGCCUGGCGCCCGCGCGUGCCCGUCUCCGCCGCCGCCGCCGCCGAGGCGCGCCGCGAGCACGAGGAGCGCGAGCGCGCGCGCCGCGAGCGGGACGAGCGCGAGCGCCGGGACCGCGACGAGCGCGAGCGCCGCAAGGCCCGCGAGCGGGAGCGCGACCUGGAGCGCGCGCGCACGCGCUCGCCGCUGCGCAACGGCGCGCCCGAGCCCGAGCGCAAGGACGAGCGCAAGGAGCCGCCGCGGCCGCCGCCCGCGCUGCCGGCGUACGCGCCGCCGCCGUGGGACCCGUACCGGCCGUUCGACCCGCUGCAGCACAUGCGCUUCGCGCCGCUGGUGGAGGCGGCCAUCCGCGCGGAGGAGGACCGCGCCAAGAUGCUGAGCGCGUACGCGCACCACCAGCAGCUGAAGGCGGGCCCGCUGCUGCACCGCGGGCUGCACGCGGGGCUGCCGCUGGCGCACGGCGCGCUGUCGCACGCGCCGCUGGCGCCGCCCCUGGCGCCGCUGGCCCCGCUGGCGCCGCUGGACCUGCUCAAGAAGGAGGAGCCGCGAUGA